AUGGAAGAACUUCCUUCAAAGCAGCGACAAUUUACACUAGAUCUGGUAUCUGAACACAGUAACGAAACGUCUUGUUGGAUUGUCGUAAAUGACAUGGUUUAUGACGUAACGUCAUUUCUUGACAAGCAUCCAGGAGGAUCCGAUGUUGUUUUGGAACAUGCAGGAACAGAUGCCACUGUAGCCUUUGAAGAUAAAGGGCAUUCCAAAUAUGGUGUGAAAUUAUUGGAAAAAUAUAUAAUUGGAGAACUUAUAGAGGUAAGCUAA